AACAUAAUUAGUGUCCCAAAAUGGCUGCCGGAUGGUAUUGACCUGUUAAAAGUAGUGUACAAGUUCCAAAAAGAAUCUUUUUUUAGAUUUAAAUUAAAAUAAAAAAAAUCUAACAGAUCGAUCAGCAGUCUGGUUAUAAAUAAAAUAUUUAACUGAUUAUCGUUUUUAAGUGUUGGAGUAAAAAGUACCGUGGAAAAUAGUUUAGGUGAAGGAGUUUGUUUUCCAAUCAACAAGGCCAUCAAAAUACUGUAUCAGCGUUUGCAUUUCAGUAUAAAAAUAUUUAGCAGACCAGCUGUAUUUGAAUACACAACUGAGCCAUGUUUCGGUGAUGAAUAAUAUCAAUUAUAUGACUGGGAAUUAUUGCUUUUUUAUUUUUUAAAUUAAUAGAUGUCGAAUAUUAAUUAAUUAAAUAAAGUGGAGUUGAAAAUCAAUUCGCCAUGAGUAACUACCCAGGCGGAAAAAUAUAACAAUAAUUUUAUAAUUCAUUGUAAAGUAUGAUACAUACUAUACGAUUUCAUCGACCAUAAUAAUAUUCUUAAUGUUAUCACAAUAAUAAUUAUAAAAGAGUAAAAAAAAUGUAAUAUGUGAUGAGACGGCAGUGACCAGAGAGGACGAUUGAGGACAACUCGAGAGUACUUUAAGUGCUGGAUAAUUGAACGCACUGUCGGCAAUCUCAGCGUACCCGUCAGGGUAACUUUCGUCUUUGAUGGAGUUUUGAAUCUAAACUCAUAAAUGCUUUCGAGGUUGAUAAAUUUCAUAAAUUAGUCCUCGAUUUUACUCUCCGAUGAAACUAGCCGAGUAGGAGACAGUAAGAGGCUAAUAAUAUCAGCAAAGAAAGGUACUUGUGCAAAAACAAGCGGUAAUCCUAGAGAUCAUCAUUAGCUAGAAAAAUCCUAAGCUAAACCAUAAAUUCGGUGAGUCCCAACACAAAAUAUAUCUCUGAAAAAAGCGGACUCAAAGCCAACUAACCAUGUCUGUACAAAGUGUUGCUCUGGCAUCUCUCACGGCCACCUAUACCGACUCGGAGGGCGAGGACGGGGUGGACGACGAGCUCCAGGAGAAUACCUCCACUCCCCAGGGUGCCGUCCCUUACAAUAAUGCCCAAGUCGGCCAGCCCCAGCAGGCUCACACCAGUCCCAAAUCUGGGAGAUCAGCCUCCAAUAGCCCGAACGUUGCUUCCGGCGUUGGGAAAAAGUCUAUUAGUAAUUUACCCAGUAAUAAAAAUCCACCGUCCUCCACCUUAGUCAUUACUGACAAUCUAACAGUACAUAAUAAGGUGCAUCGUUUGGUUUCAUAUUUUGAUGAUACUAUUGUUUCGGAUGACGAGGGGGCGGCAAAUCCACCGAGCGAGGGUGACCCGCCUAAUCACAAUGGCGUAACACCCUCCGUUAAGUCCGGUGAAAAGUCGCCCUCACGUCAUCCCGGAGAAUUGGUUUCAGAUGGCCCCGAAUUCUCGGACGCUCCGGACCCGGACGGUGUUGUUAUUCCGCCGGAGCCACCUGGCCAGUAUCCACCGGACCUCCAGGAAAAAAUAACGGUACUUUUCAGGAAAAUGGAGUCCAAGGGCGGCGUCGACAUGAAUCAAGCAAUCCAGCAGCGCAAAGACUUUCGCAACCCCUCUAUUUAUGAAAAACUUAUUCAAUUUUGUAGCAUCAAUGAACUGGGUACCAAUUACCCGCCUGACCGGUUUGACCCCUUCAAGUGGGGCAAAGACUCGUAUUACGAGGAGCUCGCCAAGGUCCAAAAAGCCGAAAUGGACAAGCUCGAGAAGGCUAGGAAAGAAAAAACCAAAAUCGAAAUUGUCUCGGGCACUGCCAAGCGCCCCAACAGUUCUGCUCCGACUGUUGAAGAGGACGCCAAGAAGAGAAAAAGCAAGUGGGACCAAGUUGCCACUGGAACCGCUAAUCCCAGUGUAAAACCCACGGUACUUCUGUCCCAGCCUACCUUGACAACUUUAAACGCCAGUUCUGCUACGAAAGCUACUGUAAUAUCUGCUUUUGGUUCGUUACCAAAGAAAAGACUGUAACAUAUGUUAUUUUGUAAAAAUCAAGCUACAUACACAAUCUCUGUACAUACUUGUAUUUUUUAUGAUGCCAUUUUUUAAUACGGUAAAUACUUUAUUGUAACGAUAUUGUUUUAUUCAAAACUUAAUUCUGUAAUGGUUAGUAUGCGGAAAGAACAAGAUGACACUGGAUAUUAUCCCAGAUUAUACUGAGUGAAAAAAAAUUUCAGAUAGUAGCUAGUAUAA